AUGUCGGUGUCAGGGCCCUCCGCCUCGGCAGGCGAGAAUCCUUACUUGGCACACCGGAAAGACCAAUGUGCUCAGGUCGAUGAACUUAAGGGACUCACGCGCCGGAAAGUGUCGGGGGCCGAAGCUCGGCGUGUGCUCGAUGGGGAGAUGAAUCCCUUUGCCGCCGGUGGUCCGCGCCCCUUUUCUAAGGCAUACAAAGACAUUUUGGCUAAGCGCAAGGAGCUGCCCGUGUUUUCACAGAUGGACGAGUUUUACGAAAAGUUUAACAAGAGUCAAAUCAUGGUCAUGAUCGGUGAGACGGGCAGUGGCAAGACGACUCAAAUCCCACAGUACGUGGCACUUUCCGAUCUGCCUCAACUACACAAAGUGCGUGGGGCGGACGGUGUUGAGGCGCCGCGCAUGAUUGCAUGUACACAGCCUAGGCGUGUUGCUGCCAUGAGUGUCGCAAAACGUGUGGCGGAGGAAAUGGACCUUACGCUCGGCAAGGAGGUCGGUUAUACCAUCCGUUUCGAGGAUAUGACGGAGCGCGGCACCACGCUAGUCAAAUAUAUGACGGAUGGUAUGCUUUUGCGUGAGGCGAUGAAUGACCCGAAUCUCGAGCGCUAUAGCACGGUCAUUCUCGACGAGGCCCACGAACGCACGCUUGCCACCGACAUUCUUAUGGGUCUACUUAAAGAUGUGGCAAAGCGACGCCCUGAUCUCAAAAUUAUUGUCAUGAGUGCCACGCUGGAUGCUCUUAAGUUCCAGAAGUAUUUCAACAAUGCUCCGCUCCUGAAGGUGCCAGGCCGCACCUUCCCUGUGGAGACUUUCUACACCCAGGAGCCUGAAAGGGAUUACGUCGAGGCGGCAAUCCGCACGGUACUGAUGAUCCACCAGGCUGAGGAGCCUGGUGAUGUACUGGUGUUUCUCACGGGUGAGGACGAAAUUGAGGAUGCUUGCCGUAAGAUUCGCGCCGAGGGUGAGAAACUGUUGGCGGAGGAGCCAGACUUGUGCGGUCCUUUGAAGGUGGUACCCCUAUACUCGUCUCUUCCACCGGCGCAGCAGCAGCGCAUCUUCGACUCGGCGCCUGAGGCGGCCCGUCCGGGCGGCCCCCCUGGCCGUAAAGUUGUCGUGAGCACAAACAUUGCCGAGACGUCGUUGACGAUUGAUGGCAUUGUGUACGUGGUUGACCCUGGGUUUAGCAAGCAGAAGGUGUACAAUCCACGCAUUCGUGUUGAGUCGCUACUUGUUAGCCCUAUAUCUAAGGCAUCUGCGCAGCAGCGCGCGGGUCGUGCGGGUCGUACGCGUCCGGGCAAGUGUUUCCGUCUGUAUACGGAGAGGGACUGGGCUAGCGAACUGAUUGAGCAAACGUACCCUGAAAUUCUGCGGUCUAAUCUGGCCAACACGGUGCUGGAGCUCAAGAAGCUGGGAAUUGACAACCUCGUUACGUUUGACUACAUGGAUCCGCCAGCACCUGAGACAGUGAUGCGGGCAUUGGAACUGCUGAACUACCUCGGUGCCUUCGACGAUCAGGGCCACCUUACGCCGCUGGGUGAGAUUAUGGCUGAGUUCCCUCUGGACCCGCAACUGGCAAAGAUGCUGAUCGUAUCGCCCGAAUUCAAGUGCUCGAACGAGAUCCUGAGUAUUGCAGCAAUGCUGUCUGUGCCCAACGUAUUUGUGCGGCCGAGCCAAGCAUCACAGCGUCAAGCAGCAGAUGCUGCACGCGCCGAGUUUGCGCAUCCAGACGGAGACCAUCUAACGCUCUUAAAUGUAUACCAUGCGUAUAAGACCAACUGCCCUGACAUGAAGACGGGCAGCGAUUGGUGCUGGCAAAAUUAUCUGUCACAUCGGGCAUUGAUCCAAGCCGACAAUGUCCGGCAGCAGUUGCAGCGCACAAUGGAGCGUUUUGACUUGGAUCUGGUGUCUCUACCUUUUGAGGAUAAGCGCUACUACACCAACAUUCGGCAGGCCAUUGCGUGUGGCUUCUUCAUGCAGGUGGCUCACAAGUCGGCGGGCGGCGGCAGCCGCGGCGCUUACACGACGGUUAAAGACAACCAAAUUGUCUCGCCUCAUCCGUCGACGACACUGGACCACAUGCCUGAAUUUGUCGUGUAUCAUGAGUUUGUUCUGACCUCCCGCAACUUUAUUCGAACUGUAACAGAGGUCAAGCCUGAAUGGCUCCUGGAGUUUGCUCCCUCGUACUAUGAUCCCCGCACACUCGAUGGAGAGCUGAAGCGAGUCUUUGAGGCGCUCAUCAAGCGUCGCAGCGAGGGUCGCCAGAGCAAAAAGGCCCGCAGGUAG